AUGCGUAGUGCCCACUUGGUUAUGGAGGGAGCAAAACGAGCAGCAGCAUUUGCGGCAGGCAAACAUCACGUAACAAGCGGUUGCAAGUUGGGUGUUGGUUCUGGAUCAACCGUAAAAUACUUGGUGGAGUACUUGAGCGAAAGUGUGAAAAAUGGCUCAUUAAAAAAUAUUGUUUGCGUUCCUACGUCCUUCUUGACUCGCAAGUGGUUGUUAGAUGCAGGAUUAGCCGUUAGUAAUCUGGAACAAACAUCAGAACUUGAUGUUUGUAUUGAUGGUGCUGACGAAGUAGAUGCUCAUUUGAACUGCAUUAAAGGAGGUGGAGCAUGCCUGACGCAGGAGAAGAUUGUGCAGUCAAGCGCCAAACACUUCUUUGUUAUUGCUGACAUCGGAAAAAAAUCAAAACAACUUGGCGACAGAUAUCGCUCAAUACCCAUUGAAGUUGUUCCAGUAGGUUACGUUCCUGUCGUGAAUUGGAUAAAAAAGCAAGAAGGUGGGAACUGUAUACUGAGGAUGGCUGAGAAAAAGUGUGGGCCAGUGAUAACAGAUAAUAACAAUUAUAUUGUGGAUUGGGAGUUCCCUAAAAACAAAUAUCGGUCUACUGAAGAACUGGGGGAUUUGCACAAACGAUUGGUCAGUAUUCCUGGUGUUGUGGAAACUGGUUUGUUUGUUGGAGUCGCUGAAAAAGCAUAUUUUGCAACUCCUGAAGGUGCUGUUACCGAAGUGUCGAAGCCUUAA